CCCAAUCUGAUGAUUCGAUUUGAUCAUUUCAUUCCUGCUAAAGUUCAAAAGCACCUACAGAUACGCUGGGAUGCUAUCAUUGCCAGUGGUGCACAGCAUAAUGGGGGCAAGCGUGAUGCCAAUCAUUCUGCCACUGAUGCCUUCCACUUCGGUAUAUGGGAGGUGUCCAGUGCCCUGCCCCAUUUGACUGCAGAUACCAGCACUAGUCAUCAGUCCCCGGAGGCCAUCACAGUCAUCGACACUUUAUUGCAGUACAUUGGCGAUUUUGUCGCUCCCAAAAUUGGUUCAGUGUUUAAGCAGCACACACCUACCCAUUGGGAAGCUAUGCAAAAGGCGUAUGAGCGUGUCAAACAUAUUCUAGCUAGUGAUCUGCUGGACCGCCCUAGCCUUGACUUGGGUGGCAAUUUUUUUUCGGUUGCUGUCAAAGAAGGAGGGUCAGGUCUGGUCCACCUGGACUGGAAUAACAGCAAAGUGAUCUGGUGUUUUGUAUUUGCUGUUGGGAAUUGGGAAGGAUGGGAAUUCUGCACACCACAGCUGGGUAUCAAGAUCCCCAUACAACCUGGCCAAGUAUUUGCAGUACUGGCUCACAUGGUUGCACACUUCAGUGCUCCUGUAACUAAUGGGCACAGGAUUGUUUUCACCUGCUUUACUGAUAAAUUGGCAUUCUCUCAUGCAAACCCUAACUUCGUAAUAGGGUAG